ACGCGGCGGAUUCAAGUCCAAGCACAGUGAAGAGGAGGGCCAAGAAGAAAGCGAGGAAAUCUGUGAAACCGGAGCCGGGUUUCCUUCGAAUCCGAUGGAUCCGCUCUCGGUAUUCGAUACGGACAUCAUGCUGGCGAUUCUGAGUUACCUCGACGCACGCAGCGUUGCACUAUCUCUCCUUGUCUGCCGUGGUUGGAAUGGAGUCGCUUCCCGCGACGCCAUCUGGGGUCCCAAGUGCGAAGAGUUAUGGGUUGGAAAGGCACAUAUACCCCGUAUGUCAAAGCAACAAGGACUUGCAAAGUUGGAUGUUUACUCCAUGUCAGUCACGGAUGGAAAACGUGGCCGAAUAUUGAGGGAUGACCUUUGUGAUCAUGCUUGGGAAUUUCAUUACACUAAGGAUGUUUCCCAGUACUGGAAAAACAUGGACCCAUACUGGAGUGGCAUAGGAGCUCCUUUGAGACGCUAUUUCCAUCAAGAUGGGAGCCAGACAGCAGAUGAAGAUGACCAGACAUGGGGCGGACACGAGGCGUGCUACUGUGUGGUCACCAGCUACCUUGAGAGUGAUGAGGCAGGGAGUAGUAGUAGUAGUAGUAGUGAUAGGAUAAGAGAGCACUAUGUGAGGAUCAACAGGCUGCCCCAACUGUAUGUGUCAAGGAAGGUGGACUGGAAGUGGGAGUUGUCCAGUAAUCUGUGCACCUACACUAGCAUCCCUGACUCAGAUAAACCAAAUGGGACUGGCCCUUUGUUCCCUGUUUCCUAGCUCUCUUUUUUGCCAAUUCUCUUCUUUCUCCUCUCUUGUAAGACAAUGAAAGUUGAAAUCUUUCUAUCAUAAAUACUCUCUCUCUCUCUCUGAUGGAUUCUUGGAACCAAGCUUGAGAGAGAGGGGGAGAGAGCAAAUUUAGAGAGGAAAAGCUUGUAUGAUGAUUAUAAGGAGUGUGAUGAAUAAAUGUUCGUCCCCUCCCCACAAGCCGAUGAAUGGUAGUUAUAAAACAAAGAUGAUGAAAUUGU